AUGUUGUGCUCAAUGUAUGUCUCCAUGUAUUCUUUUGGUGGUCCAGCUGGUGGCGGGGCAACUAAGAGGAGUUUCACGAGGCUAAAACUUAAGAAAGUACAAAAUAUUGUUAAAGAAAGCUACCGGAAAAUUACGCAGAGCAAUGACCUUGAAGAUAACCACCUGGAAGCAGAAACUUCUACCUCAAACGAUGAGCCUGAUGAGUUGGAUGAGCAAAUGAAUACCAAUGUCCAGAAUGAUUCUACGGAAUAUGUAUAUCCUUAUGUUAAAUCUCACCGACAAGCUGCUUAUUCUGCAGUAUCUUCUGCUCCAUCCUCAAGCAGAUGGGGAAAUGUAAGACCAGACGAAAGCUAUAGACCUAAUGCGACCAAUGCCUCUAAGAAAGGGAAGAUGUUGAAAUCCAACAAUGACUUCUUUAGCAGAAAAUUGUUUAAGGAGUUGGGGUGCAACAAUUAUAUUAUUGAGGCUUUAAAGAGCCUGCAAUAUGAGCGUCCUUCACACAUUCAGGCUAUGUCAUUUGUCCCAGUUAUUUGUGGAAAAAGUUGCAUUAUGGCUGAUCAGAGUGGAUCUGGCAAAACUUUGGCUUAUCUAGUUCCACUUGUACAACGCCUUAGACAAGAAGAAACUGAAGGACUUAGCAAACCUGCAUCUCAAAAUCCUCGAGUUGUAAUUCUGGUCCCAACUGCCGAGUUGGCCUCUCAGGUUUUGAGUAUUUGCCGAUCAUUCUCUAAAGCUGGAGUCCCUUUCCGCUCUAUGGUUGCUACUGGUGGUUUUCGGCAGAAAACUCAGCUGGAGAAUCUUAAACAUGAAAUAGAUGUUCUGAUUGCAACUCCUGGGAGAUUCAUGUAUCUAGUUAAUGAGGGCUUCGUUCAGUUAACAAAUCUCAAAAGCGCUGUCCUGGAUGAGGUGGAUAUACUCUACAAAGAUGAUGAUUUUGAACUUGCGUUGCAAAGUUUGAUCAAUUCAGCACCAGUCACUGUGCAGUAUUUAUUUGUAACAGCUACAUUACCCGUCGAGAUAUACAACAAGCUAGUUGAAGUUUUUCCUGAUUGUGAGGUUAUUAUGGGUCCUGGUAUGCACCGCACAAGCCCAAGAUUGGAGGAGGUUCUUAUAGAUUGCAGUGGAGACGAAGAAACUGAAAAGACCCCCGAUACAGCUUUUAUCAACAAGAGAAGUGCUCUUGUCCGACUUGUGGAGGAAAGUCCUGUGGCAAAGAGCAUUGUGUUCUGUAACAAGAUCGAAACAUGCAGAAAAGUUGAAAAUGCAUUAAAGCGCCUUGAUCGAAAAGAAAUUAAUAUAAAGGUUUUACCAUUCCAUGCUGCUUUGGAACAGGAAUCGAGGCUUGCAAAUCUAGAAAAAUUUCGUAGCUUUCCGACUGGGAAUAUUUCCAUGUUCUUAGUUUGCACAGAUAGGGCAUCCAGAGGAAUGGACUUUGCAGGGGUAGAUCAUGUAGUGCUCUUUGACUUUCCACGUGAUCCAAGUGAAUAUGUACGUCGUGUUGGACGAACAGCCCGAGGUGCCGGAGGUAAGGGAAAGGCUUUUGUUUUUGCUGUUGGCAAGCAAGUUCCUCUAGCAAGGAAGAUUAUGGAAAGAAAUCAAAAGGGGCAUCCAUUGCAUGAUGUACCUUCUGCCUAUGAGGUGAUGAGGUAG